AUGCUAACAAGGGACGCACAGAAAUUUGACGAGUUUCUAAGGAGCAGUGAUGCAGCUGCCCACGAAGCUAUCCGCAAAGCUGACGAAGCAGCGCGGGCUGCUCACGAGAAAGCAGUCGCAGUCCGGCAACUCCGUCAGAAACUCGACGCUACUAAGGCACGCGUUGCAUCUAAUCGGGAAAAAAUUGAAGAAUACUCAAGGUAUAGAUCCUUCCUAGAACAUAUAACUCCCCAGGAUUGGAUAAAGGAACAAGAAGAGCGGACUAAGGAGCGUGUCCAAAAGAAAAAAGAGCAGUGGGUCCAGAAUCAGCUGCAGCAGCAGCAGCUACAGUACACCGCCGACAUCGAAACCAUUGACGAGGACCUCCGUGAAAAAAUUCAAGAACUAGAGAAAAAGAAGUUCCGUGGGGCCAAAGCUGGCGCAUCUACUCGAAAGGAAAUGGAGGAGAGAGCCGAGAAAAAAAAAAUGGAGCUACACGGAAAGUUAAAGACCGCGGCAGACCUCGAAAAUAUGUUCGAUGCCGAAAAGUUGGCAGUCACUGGCAUUGAUCUUUACUUUAAAGAUCCGCAAGAACCGCUUCGCCUUUUUCAGGAACUGGAAGAGGAUAAUCUGUUCCUGAUUCAAAACGCUCAUGAAGCAGCCAUUGUGCGCUAUUUGGGAAGGCAAACUGUAGCCGAGUUGGAAACGAUGGAGAAACGAUUCGGUGACACUCGUGCUGAGAUGGGAGCGCGACUGGAAGGUUUAGAAGCGGUGAUUGCACAGCUACAACGCCAACUUCAACAGCAGCGCGACAAGUGCAUGCAGCAUAAAGGCGCGUUGCCCAUGCCGUCUCAUGACUUCAUUCCACGCUACCACAGCGCGCACCUACUUCAUAGGUUUAUCGUCGUAUUACAUGCUGAAGCUCACGAUGCACGGGCGAGAUUUGAGUAUAAACCAAGCCUGUAA